AUGCCAAGAAAUUCAGAAGAUGUUAACCUAGGUGACAGAUAUGCCAUACUCCUUGAUGAAUCACUUAAGGAGAACCAAGCCUUGAGAGAGGAACUGAAGGAACGAGAAGAGCAGAACAGCACCAAGAUAGAACAACUGACAUCUAAAAAGGAUUCUUUGUGCCAUCUUCUGGAGCAGGAGCAAACCAAAGGAAGCGACAAGAAAUCAAACCAUAAAUCAGCGAAAGUCCACGUACCUACAAGGUGUCCCGUAAGUAGCAGUUUUUCGUUUUCCGUAGGGCUUACUAGGGCCAUUUAAACAUAGGACGCUUCUUUUGUAACACACGUGUUAUUUUUCCCUUUGAGAAAUCAUUACCAGAGGGCGUCUGUGUCAAUAGAGAGAUAUGUAGUCACAUUAACUGCAAACGUCAGAUUAAGUUGAGAAAUUUUAAGUAACUUUGUAGAAACUGAUAAAAGGAAAGCAGCUCAAAACAAUUUUUAUGGAUAAAACUGUCGUGAAUCUCCUGAUUUCCGUGCAGUUUUGAUGUAACCGACAACUAACAAGUUACGUGAUACAUUUUGCUGUAAAAACGACACUGAGGUGCCGGCCCUUUGACUUUUGAGUAAAAAAUUUUAUGUAGUGGUGUAAGUUAAGAUAAUAUGAGCGGCUGGAACUACAACCUUCUUUAAUAACUUUAAUAAGGUUGUUGUAAAACCCGUGUCAAAACUAUUAUUUUGAAGCCCUCUGUUCAUACUGAUUUUUUUGUGUGAUGUGAUUUAUUAAAAUAAUGAAACUAGUAUUAACUAGUGGUUAAGAAGUCUAGGCACUAACAAUAGAUAGCCAAAAUUCUCUUACUCCAUUGCUGUGUGCUAUUCAUAAGUACAUUGUGCCAGCAUCCUCAUGAAACACUUGUGGAAUACCUCCAAGCUCUGAAAACAUGCAUUUAUCAAUCUACGGUACAUGCUUAAUAAUGACCUGGGCCCAGUUGUUCGAAGGCUAAUCAGCGCUUAACCCGGGGUUAAUUUAACCCAGGUUUCUUUUUCUUGUGUUCAAAAGCUUUUCUCAGAUACUUUUUAUCUGAUAUUUUUAGAGCUUCCAAUCGUCAACUUGUAGACAGAAAAAAUUAAAACUGAAAUGCUUUUUAAGCUUUCAAAUCUUAAUUCAAAUCUCGCACUAACCCUGGGUUAUCUUAACCCACCUUUGAACAAGUCGGCCCUGGAGAUAAGGAUUGCCAGCUCCUCUUGUCACCCUCAGUUGGUAUUAAGGGCUAAGGGAAACAUCUUAAGACUGCAAACGCUUACAAUACUUAAUCGUUUUCUUUUACUUGUGUGUUUCAUACUGAAUUUCACAAGAUGUACAAAUCAUUGAUGGACGACAAUGCAGAUUUUCAAGGAUUCUAUCUGGAGGAAAGGUAAAGUAACUAACACAGUAGCUUGCUUGUUUUUCAUCUGUUGUAUUUACUGCUUUCUUCAACCUUAGAUGGCUUAUUACACCAUGUUUGUAGUUAACAUUGGCCAAUUUUUUUCUCUGACCUCACAGCUGUUUCCUUUUGUUUUGUAGUGCCAACUCAACAAAAAACAAAGAUGUUUUUUCAUUCGUUGUUGAUGCAAUAAGUUAUGACCAUGGUGGAAGUGAACAGUGUCCUUGGUCACCUGCACAAUUAAGAGGUAUGUGCAUGAUCUAGUUUGGAAAUUACUUGCUUUUUAUUUAAAGCAAGGACGAUAAACAAGUCAUUCAGCACACUAUUAUUAUUGCAUUUUAAGCUGUCUCAAGCUGUUUGCUUCAUAACGAUUAUUAUUCCUUCAAAUUUAUAGUGCUAAAUCUUGUCUGUUCUCAAAGGAAAGACGUUAUAUUGAUGAAUUAUUUUACACAAAAUGUUGAAGGGUUUUUACAUACAAGAGUCUUCAGCACCAAUCAGUUUAGUAAAGUAGCAAUAGAGGUCUCAUUUUUCUCUUUAAUUUCAGCAUCAUAUGUUACAUACUUGAGAAGCCUCAAGGACACAAGGAAAAGAAGAGUGAAGGUGGACCACAAUACUGUCUGCAGACGACAAGGAGGAGUAAGAGAGGUAAUAAAACCUUUGUUAUAG